AUGUCUUACUAUCAACAAGGCCCUCCUCCUCCACAACAAGGUGGAUACUAUCAACAAGGUCCUCCACCUCCACAAGGAUACUAUCAACAACAGCAACCAAUGUAUGUCCAACAACAACCACAACGUGGUGGUGGUGGUGGAUGUUGUUCAUCAUUCUGUGGUUGUUGUGCUGCAAUAAUCUGUUGUUGUUGCGCUGAAGAGUGCUUAGAAGGUUGCUUUUAA